AUGGGCGACAACAAGAUGCGAAAGCGCCCGGCAACCUCGGGCCCGGACGCCCGCCCCGGCGCCUCGGCCGCGCCCGUGUUCUUGCAGAAGACGUACGACAUGAUCGAGAGCUCUCCGCCCGCCGUCGCCUGCUGGAGCGACGCCGGCACCUCGUUCAUCAUCAAGCUGCCGCGCGAGUUCGCCAAGACCAUGCUGCCGCGCUACUUCAAGCACAACAACUUCAGCAGCUUCGUGCGCCAGCUCAACUUCUACGGCUUCCGCAAACACAAGAAGGACGAGAUCGUCAUCUCCACCGAGGAGGACGAGAGCAAGAACUGGUGGGAGUUCUACCACGAGAAGUUCCUGCGCGGCCGCCAGGAGCUCAUGGCCCAGAUCCGCCGCAAAACGUACUCGGAGCCGGCUUCGCCCGACCACGAGGAGGUCGAGACGCUCAAGCAGUCGGUGCAGAGUCUGCAGGGCCAGGUGUCGGAGCUCAUGGGCCAACUUUCGGACCUCACGGGGCUCGUCAAGAGUCUGCUGCAGGACAAGCAGGCGCCCAUGUCCCUGCCGCCGCAACGCGCUCCCAAGCGCAUGAAGAUCAGCGAAGCCCCGGCUCCGGUGCCCAGAAUGUCGGUUUCCCCGCCCACCAACGUCAUGCCCGAGGCCUACGUGCCGCAGCUGGAGCAGAUGCCCAUGCCCGUUCCGCAGCCCCGGCAGCCGCAGCCCAACAUGAUGCUUGACCUUGUCUCCAAGAUCCAGAACCAGCGGGCACGAGAGAUGUCGCUGAUGGAGUGGACCGAGUCCUACGGCAUGGACUACCUGCUGAACGACUCCGGACGGCAGUUGCCGCUGUUCUCCGAGGACAUGCUCAACUACGACUGAGCGAACGCAAAGUGUUCUAAGGCCUCCUAAGCGCUUGUGAGAAGAGCUCGGCGGCGCAAGUCGAGAGGGAGGUCUAAAUCCAUUUUUUAUAUAUCGCCAGUCGGCGGCCGUUGCUCGGGCAACGAACCUACGCGGACCAAGGUGGUUUCGGGUCAAGACAAGGACCAGACUGGUAGGCUGGGCUCUGCCGAGAGCAAGGGUAGCGCGACUCGGAUAGAGCUAACAUGUAAGCAAGACAGGUCUGAAG